UGACUGACAUCGUGUGGAGUGAGUAACUCCUGUGCUGCUUCUUUGUCCGCAGGUUGUGGGGACGACCCAGGGGAAUUCAGCCUAGAAGAUGCCCUUGGCACCAUGCGGCCUACACCUAAGAGACCCAGUAAGCCGGCCGGUGGGACAGGAGGGAGAGACUUUGACCUGGCUGAUUACUUCGACAGCCCCGUGGAGCCCACCAGCAAGCCAGCCAGGCCCACCGCCAGGCCCUUCCCACGGCCGGGGAAGCCAGACAAUGGCUUUUGGGAUGUUGUCCGCACCACCACCACCAAGAGGCCAAAAACAACGCAGGCCCCCCGCAAACAGAACCCAGGGAAGAAUCCUUUGGAUCUGGACUUGGCUGAUGCCCUUGGAGAUAGGGAUGAUGCGAGGGAUGGCAGGCAGCCGGCUGUGAGGCCGGAGGAAGGAUUUUCGGACAGUGACCUGGAAGGCAUUGUGGAUGAUGGCUACAGCCCUGACAAGAAGAAAGGAUCUGGAGGCAACACCGACAGCCAAGACAACCGGGUGGAAACAGGCACCAUUGCCGGCAUUGCCAGUGCCCUGGCCAUGGCACUUGUGGGGGCUGUUUCCAGCUACAUCUCCUACCAGCAGAAGAAGUUCUGCUUCAGCAUCCAACGUAAGCAGCCCCGGGUGGGGGUGGGAGGGCUGCGGGGUGGAGGAUUGCAGAGUGGGACUUGGUGUGUGGGGACACCCCUCCAGGUGAAAGCAAACCGUGCAUUGUCUGCCAAAGAGACUGAGAAGAACGCGUUGGCAGUGUUGGUUGUGGCAUCCCACCUGGCUGCCCUUGAUUCCAGUUCAUACUGAAGUGCUAGAGCAUGUCCGGUAUGGCAGCGCUCAGCAGCAGCUUUGAGGCCACAACAGUCUGCUGUCAGCUUCAAGUCUCCAUCAGACUUUGCUCUGGCCAUAUGGGACUGGUGAAGGGUGAAGGAAUUAUGCUUGGCUUUCCAGUUGAGACAUGGGAGCUAAGGAGUGUUGGUGGGUGUGAUAUUGCUGCAGUUGCAAUGUUGUGGUGGCGAUCAGCACCUGCUCUUCUGCUCUGGGCCAGCCCGCAACAGAAGUGUCCCCUUGGUGGCCUUCUAUGAUGCUGUCACAUGC